AUGGAUCGAUUACAACUGAUCCAAGAACAGAACUGGCACAGCAUGAACGAAGAUCCAGGUUGCGUCCUCCAGAGCAUUGAAGUCGAGGAGGAAGAUCCAGAUAAUGAUAUUUCCGAGACAGAAUCCAGUCCUGUGGAUACAGAAUCAAAUAGGGCCGAAGCCUCGUUUUCGGAUUUUCUUUCGAGCUCGUCCCGCAAUCUGACCCUACUUCAAGAAACACCUUCGUACUCUUUGGAGCAAUAUGAAUACGAAUCCCGCGAGCCCAGUCCUGCCUUUUCAGAAGCCCCAACCGUGGUGGAAUCCCGAUGGACCGGGCUGCUUCGCGAUAUUUUCAUCCUGACAUCCGGGUACAAAAUCGAAGAAGAAGAUCUCGACGAAGAAAGUGACGAGGGCGACUGCAUCACGACUGUCCGAGAACUCAAGGAUGGUCAAUUCCCCACUCGCCUUGUAGUCAUAGACUUGGAUCCACAUUUGUUUGAGGAUGGCCUGUGGGAUUCAGGGCGUCAGUUGCUGGCAAGUAGACUUGCAGAAGCGGUGGACGAAAUGAAGAGGGUGCGAGGGCCGGAACGGACGCGAAGGAGGAAGGCCAAGGUUGGCGGUGUUCUCUCCAUUGGCGAAUUUUCACAAUUUUACCACAUGAGUGACAAAAAAGAGGGUUUGCAAGAGGACAUGUGGGUGUUUGGUGGGAAGAGUCUGCUGCACUGGGAGGAGGACGAGCAAGAUAUUCGGGACAUGUUGACGUAUUGGACCCAACAGAGGUUGUUGUUUGAUGCUUAG